UGUCGGGAACACCCUGGCUGUGGGUUGCUGCCUUCAGACGGUGCCGAGGCGCACCGACACGCACACGCACGGUCCCACCGAUCCCCCGGACCGACUCUCCUCCGCAGCCUGGCCGUGCUCCCCCUGCCCGGAGCCCCGCAGCCCCCAGGUUUCCUGAGAGUGGCCACCUCUUGUCAGCUUCCACAAGACACAGAUGAUUGGAUGAGGAGGACCAACUGGUUUGGCUUUGGGACGUUCAAGCAAUGCGGACGCUACAGGGACAACAAGCCAACCGUUAGCAGGAAAAAACUGGAGCACUUUGUAUCAUGAUGUAGUUGCUUUCCGACUCCCUUCAUGUAACAUCGUCGCUGGUUUGUUUGGACUGCCUGGGUCGAACUGCUGGAUCAAUGGAGGAGGCCGAGAAGGAUCUCAACCUCUCCUUUCUGCUGGAACAUGAAAGAGAUAUGAUCCUGAAGGUGCUGCAGAAAGACGAGAAACUGAGGAAACGAGAGGAGAAGAGGAUACGGAAGCUGAAGAAUGAGCUACUGGAGAUCAAACGAAAGGGAACCCGUCGGCCCCAGGACCUGGCGGAGCGACAGUGCGCCCGCUGCCUGAAGACGCUGGGCCUGAUCUUCAACCGCGGCGAUCUCUGCGAGGAGUGUCAGCUGCGCGUCUGCAACGACUGUCGCGUAACAAUUCACAAAGGACAUCAGUGGAAGUGCAGCGUUUGUGCCAAGAUCACGGAGCUGAAGGUGGUGACAGGAGAGUGGUUCCUGGAGGAACGGUCCAAACGCUUCGAGCAGGGGGUGCUGAGCAGUGACGUGAUCAAAGAGACAAUCCUGAGCAGCCCGAUCAUCACAGAUAAAAAGCCUCAAGAGACGGCCCCCGCUGAUGCCGAGCGACCUGACACUCCACGAUCCAACAGGAGCGCCGUUCUCAGCGCUGUGGGCGCUGCCAGGAAGAAAGGGAGGAUGAAGAUGAAUAAAAAAGGCAAGCGACUCGCCUUGAAGCCAGAGAACGGGGUCGACAGCGUCAGUGUAAGAUCUGUUUCGGAUGGAGAUGCCCAGAGUGUACGAAGCGCUCGCUCUGCUAUGAGUCCACGUUCAAACAGAGGCGGCGUCGUAGCCCUGGAGUCCUCUGGGUUGCCCACGGUCCUCAACAACCUGCGAUCACAGACUCCGGACAGAUCGUCCACUCCCAGCGACAACCGGAGGGUCAGGCCUGAUGGCGCGGAAAGCGUUGCCAGUCUGCACUCGGGCGACAGUGCACCGGAGAAGAGAGCUGCGGGCCAUCACAGGACGAACUCUGGCACGCCGACCAUUUCUGUGUCAAGGGCCUCGGUCUCAUCAGAUCACAGUCGCUCGGAGAUGGACCUCUCAGUUCCAGGCUCUGACCCCAGCAGUGAUGAAGCCCUCAGUCUCAGAAGCCGUUCGGUCCCCGGGCUCAACGAAACCGAGUUUUCUGAUGAGGAUGCGGAGGAAGACAUCGAUGCCCUGAUGUCGGCCCACAACAAGACUCCCCGUCGACGCCUCAGCAACGCGAUGUCAACGUCUUCCACUCCUGGCUCAGAGAGAAGGUGGGGGUACCUCAAUGUCCCCGACUCGGACGCUGAGACUAGCAGUAUCAACAGCAUGAUGAGUAUGUACAGUGAGACCGGCGACUAUGGCAACGCCAGGGUGAGCGGGGAGAUCCUGCUGAACAUCAGCUACAGCUACAAAACCGGUGCGCUCAACGUCCUGGUCAAAGAGUGUCACAAUCUGGCAACAGGGGACGAGAAGAGGCAGCGCACGGACGCUUACGUGAAGACCUACCUGCUGCCGGACACGUCGCGACAGAGCAAGAGGAAGACGAGCAUCAAGGCCAACACCAUUAGCCCUGUUUUCGCUGAGAAUCUGAGGUAUGUGAUCAGCCACUCGCAGCUGGAGACGCGAACCCUGCAGGUCUCCGUGUGGCACCACGACCGCUUCGGACACAACAGCUUCCUCGGAGAAGUGGAGCUGUCGUUCGACACCUGCGAGCUCGACUCCCAGAUUGAGGAGUGGUACGCUCUGCAGCCAAAGGUGGAGAACUGUAUAGAUUCCACAAUGCAGUAUAAAGGGGAACUGACCGUCGUGUUGAGGUACAUACCUGCAGAGAAGAACCUCACGCUGCCUCUGGACCAAGUACACGUGAAGAAAGGGUUCCUGAAAAGCAAGAAGACGAGCAGCUUCACUCUCCCUAAAGGGGGCAUGGUCGAGCUGCUGGUCAAGGGAGCCAAAAAUCUAACAGCUGUCAAGUCCGGGGGCACUUCUGAUCCUUUUGUAAAAGGGUACCUGCUCCCUGACACCAACAAGUCAACCAAGCACAAGACGGCGGUGGAGCGACGCACAGUGAACCCACAUUGGAACCACACCUUCACCUACUGCGGCCUGCAGCCGGGAGACCUCAACAACGUCUGCCUGGAGCUCACCGUGUGGGACAAGGAGGCUCUGGCCAGCAACGUCUUCCUGGGAGGAGUCAGGCUGGGGGCUGGGACAGGCACCAGCUAUGGGAACGAGGUAGACUGGAUGGACUCCUGUGGGGAGGAACAGCGGCUGUGGCAACGCAUGAUUGAAAACCCAGAAGUCCCUCAUGAGUGUACUCUGAUGCUGCGAUCCAGCAUGCGCAAGUGUAACACAUGAGUCGGACCUAAAGCGCAGACAAAGAGGAUAAAAGAGAAUGACAGAGGGAGAUGAGGAGGAAGAGGAGAUAGAAGUGUUGUGAGGAGAGAGCUGGAGGAGUGGAGACUCUUGGCCUUUGUCCCUGUACUUAUCUCUCCGCCCUGUUCAGUUUCAGAACAGCCCGUCACGCCUUACACACUCACCUACAUGUGCGCCUCUGCCGUCCGACGCAUCUAGUCUUGACUGAAACUAAUCUUCACUGCUGAAUAUGAAACAAAAAAAACCCUGUAUGUAUCUUAAUAUACCUACCGAAUAAGCACACGGUGCGUCUCCUGACGCUUCUGUCCUCGUCCCUGUGAUUCAUCUAAAAGAGUCAUUUCCGCAUGUUGACGGAGACAUUUGUACGUCACCGGACACGGCGCCGAUCAAUCACAUAGAAACGUAGACAUUCCCUUUAUGAGCAACUACGCUGCAUCCUGAGCUGAAGCACACAGUGAUGCUGAGAUUCAUUGCCUCGUUAGCAGUUGUGCACAGAGGUGGAAAGUGACUAGUGUUGGUGUGACUGUACCAUCAUGUUAGGAAAACUAACACGCCUGAAGACUUCUCAGAGAACUCACACACUGUACGGCCACAGUAAGGUUGUUGUUCUAGAUUUAUGAGGACGCCAUAGAGUUAAUCUUGUCUUUCAAAACAGGAGCGUAUCACCACAAAAUUCAACUGGGGGGUUAAAGUACAAAUACUCAUUUUAAUGUUAACUCCAACUUGUGAUCAGCUCAUCAUGAAGUCUCAUUGGAUGUCUGUAUCAAAUUUAGGGACUUCCCUCUCAGACAUAGCAACAGACUACCCACAAACAUCAUGCCUCAGUCCCUCAAUUAUUUAAUUCAUAAAAACUUGUGAAUAAUGGCUUUAAAAUUCCUUAGAGUCUGACCAAUGUGUACCAAGCUCCCACGAAGCUGGCACCACCAAGUGUGAGUAAAAAUAAGCAACAAAUAAUCAAAAUUGCUUGUGAUUAAUUUUCUGUUGAUCAGUUUUUAAUUUAUUGUGAUAAAUUGUUUACUGUUCACCAAAACCCAAAGAUCCAAGAUGUACAGUGGAAUACGACAAAGAAAAGCAGGAAAUCCUCACGUUUGAGAAUUGAGUUCCCACAGGAUGAAUCUGUGUGUGGUAAUCCUCUGUCCUUUCCUGUAGUUCAGUCAAUGUUUUCACUUAUCCGGUAAAAUGUACAGACCUUCGUGGUUACCAGUGGUUGAAUCCCAGGGACUUUGGUGAACAUGCCUUCCUCUUGCGCCACCAUGAGUUUGAAAUCUAUGAUUUUUAGUGAAACAUCUCAACAACUGUUGGAUGGAUUGAAAUGAAGAUUUUAAGGUCGGCAAUCCAUCCAACCGAGAAUUAAUCAUAAUGCCUUAAGUGAUUCAAUGACGAGACGCCAUCUUCAGAAAGAAAUGUUUUUGAUAAAAAAUUAUAAUAAUAAUACUGGUUUAUGACCAAAAAAGUGCAAAAACAUUCCUUAAAGACCUCUUAAAUACUUUGUGAUUCUGAACGUUAUACCUGCUCAGCAUCAGCAUGCUAGCAUUGUCAUUGUGAGCACGACGUACAAGUCUUUUAAAAAAUGUUACAUGUACUCCCCGUUAGUUACUUUCCACCCCUGGUUGUCUGAAAAAAAAAAAUGUGUGGCACAAAGUCUGGACGGACUCCAUAAUUUAGACUAGAUUCAGUGUAAAUUUACAUAACACUGUAUCAGUGUGAAAAUAGAAGCUGCAUGGUACUGUAUUAGAGAAAACAGAGGUAGGAGAACAAAAGGAGGUUAUUUAAAGCACUGAUAAUGACAUCACUUAACACUAUGAAGAGGAAGUGCGACUUUCAGUGCGUUCCCAGGAACCCUGAGGCGGGAGCCGCGUGUUGUGUGUGUGAGAGUGAGUCAGCACUGAGCCGAGCUGCGUUCGUCUCAGGCGGAGCCUAAUAACGUGUCAGUCACCUUGUGCCCGUCACCGGAGGCCCCACCAAACCACCGUCCUGUGAUGAAUCACGCGGUUCACGAGAAGAAGAAAAAGAAGAAAAAAAAGAUCCUCAAGUUUAAAAACCCUGUGCGACGAUUUUUCCCGUCGGAAUGCCAACGCUGGACACUUGUCCUUGGCAAACCGUCCGCUCUGAACUCCACAGAGCAAAGCUGUUUCUCACUCUCAUCACUGUAGUAAUAAUUCAUGGUGUUCACUGUGCAACAUAUUUUAGAUGACAGGCUCGUGCAAUAUCUGAUUACUGAAGAAACUCUUGAUGUACAGCAUGUAGUGUCUCUGUUGGUCUGUUCAGAUCACUCUCUCCAAGCCUUUUUCUUUUCUUUUUGUCCAAAAUACAUUGCAGGAAUAUUUUGAAAUAAACACAUCUUUCCAUA